AUGUCCCGUUUGAUCGUCAAGGGGCUUCCGAAGUACCUCACUGAGGACAGGUUACGCAAGCAUUUUGCCUCAGAGGGCAACGUGACCGAUGUUAAGCUUAUGAAGAAGAGAAAUGGAGAAUCCAGGCAGUUUGCUUUCAUUGGUUACAAGUCUUCACAAGAUGCGCUCAAAGCGGCGAAAUUCUUCAACAAGACAUUUAUAGACACAGCCAGGAUUGAUGUUGAAGUGGCCAAGACGUGGGCAGAUCCAACGGUGCCCCAAGCGGUGAGAGAAAAGAGAAAGCUAGCAGAGAGGCGGUUGGCCGAGCAGGAGGAAAGACUCACGAGGCAGAAGGAGGAAGCCGAGCAAAGAAAAAGACAGAAGGUCGAGAGAAAGUCGAAGUUGGAUGAAGAAAUCGCCGCCAAUCCAAAGUUGAGAGAAUUCAUCGAAGCCACUAAGCCCUCGAGCCAGAGACAAUCGUGGGCCAACGAUGGCUUGGCCGACGGACUGGGUGCUCCUUCCACCAAAGCAUUGGAAGACGCCCUUGCUGAGCAGGAUGGGUCUGUCAAGAGAAAGGUGGACUCUGACUUGAGCGUUGUCCAAGCCAAAGAGAACGAGAGUGAUGACGAGUACGAAGAUUUUGGAAGACCAGGAGAUGAAGACGAGGAGGAGCCUAUGAUGAGCCUCAAUGAAGUGGCCGAGCCCGAGAAGCUGGCUGAGGGACAGCAUGCUGAGGAAAGUAGUGAGAUAGCCAAAGAUGAGAGUGUCUCUGAUCUAGAUUGGCUUAAACAGAGAAGAAUCAGAAUGAAGGAUGGAGAAGCCGAAGAAGAGAACGACGGAAGUGAAGAGGUCUCUCUAAAGACGGAGCCAAGGAAAGAAAAGAGUCCUCAACCGGUAGUACCUGAAAAAUCUGAAGCCGAUAAGAUUAGGGAAACGGGCAGAUUGUUCAUUCGUAACAUUCAUUACGACUCCACAGAAGACGAUUUCAGAGACCUCUUUUCCGACUACGGCCCUCUAGAAGAAGUCCACAUCGCGGUGGACACAAGAACAGGCAAGUCAAAGGGCUUUGUAUAUGUUCAGUUUGCCAAAAGCGACGAUGCGGUUUCCGCCUACAAUGCUUUGGAUAAGCAAAUCUUUCAGGGCAGACUUUUACAUAUCUUGGGUGCCGAGGCCAAGAAAGAUCAUCGUCUAGACGAAUUUGCAUUGAAGAACCUACCACUUAAAAAGCAGCGAGAACUCAAACGGAAAGCUCAGGCAGGUAAAUCUCAGUUCAACUGGAACUCACUCUACAUGAACAACGAUGCUGUGCUUGAAUCCGUGGCUGCAAAAAUGGGUGUUUCGAAGCUGCAAUUGAUUGAUCCACAAAACUCCAGCUCUGCUGUGAAACAAGCUUUGGCCGAGGCUCAUGUGAUUGGCGACGUGAGGAAAUACUUUGAGGACAGAGGAGUUGAUUUGACCACAUUUAACCAGAAGGAACGCGACGACAAGAUCAUUCUUGUCAAAAACUUCCCCUUCGGCACCACCAGCUCCGAAAUUGGUGAUCUAUUCGCCGAGUACGGCGAAAUCAAGAGAAUCCUAAUGCCACCAGCAGGUACUAUCGCCAUUGUGGAGUUCCGAGACGCUCCUGGAGCCAGAGCAGCAUUUACUAAAUUAGCAUACAGAAUGUUUAAGAAAAGCAUUCUAUACUUGGAAAAGGGACCCAAGGACCUAUUCUUGCGUGAACCAGCUCCGGGAGAGACUGUUCAGAUUGAGAAGCCACAAGAGAAGGCAGUGGAAGCCAAGCUUACGGCGAACGACAUUAUGGGCAGCGAGACUCGUGUUGAAAGCGACAACGAAGAGGACAUCGAAGGCCCAACGGUUUCUGUCUUUGUGAAGAACCUCAAUUUUGCUACUACUUCUGCGCUGUUGACAAACUUGUUCAAGCAGAUCCCUGGUUUUGUAGUCGCCAUGGUCAAGACCAAACCAGAUCCAAAGAACCAAGGCAGCGUGCUAAGUAUGGGUUUCGGGUUCGCUGAGUUUAAAUCUAAAGAUGCUGCUGAGAAGGCCAUUUCAACGUUAGACGGCUACAAUUUGGAGGGCCAUAAGAUUCAGUUGAAGUUGUCUCACCGCAAGUCUGGAACUACCAAAGACAACUCGAGCAAGUCGAAGAAGUCCACCAAGAUUAUUAUCAAGAACUUGCCUUUCGAAGCUGCAAGAAAAGAUGUCUUGGAGCUUUUUGGUGCCUAUGGCCAGAUCAAGUCUGUCAGAGUGCCCAAGAAGUUCGACAAGAGUGCAAGAGGUUUUGCGUUUGUUGAGUUUACCCUUUUGAAAGAGGCAGAAAAUGCCAUGGACCAGUUGCAAGGCGUACAUUUGCUUGGUAGAAGGUUGGUGAUGCAGUAUGCUGAGCAGGAUAGUGAAGAUGCCGAGGAAGAGAUUGAGAAGAUGACCAAGAAGGUAAGAAAACAAGCUGCGUCGAGAGAAGUGGCUGCAAUGAAGAUGGCUGGCAAGGGUAAAACCAAGCUUGACGAAGACGAAGAGGAUCCAUUCAAUGAGUUUUAA